AUGAAGGACAUUGAAGAAGAGGACACAUCACGUAAUGCAGUUUUUUCUGACCCUCCAGGGGAUGAACUGACACCUUUUCAGCAUUUCAGAACAAUGUGUGUUGUGAAAACGCCUAGUUACAGAUUGUACUGGACAGAGGCUACAAGAUUUUCUCCAACAGUGGACUCAAUGCCUAGAAAUAGGUUUGAUAAGCUAAGAAAUUAUUUAAAUGUGAAUGACAACACUAAAAUGAAACGAGGAGAGGUGCCUAAUUAUGACAAGCUGUUCAAGGUGAGACCAUUUGUUGACAAAAUCAAACAAGGUUUUUCAAUUAUUGAACCUGAGGAAUAUCAUUCAGUUUAUGAAUUAAUCAUUUCUUUCAAAGGUCAUUCAUCCCUGAAACAGUAUGUAAAAACCAAACCACACAAGUGGGGUAUAAAAGUUUUUGCCCGUGCUGGUUCUAGUGGAAUUGAGUACGAUUUUGAAAUAUACCAAGGGAAGGGAACUGUACAUGAUGUUACUGGUCUUGGUAUAAGUGGUGAUUUUGUAAUAAGGUUUGUGGAAGGACUGCCAAAACAUAAAAAUUUUAAAGUGUUUACAGACAACUGGUUCACCUCUUACAAUCUUAUUUCUGCCCUGAAAAACUAUGGCAUUUUGGCUGUUGGAACUGUUAGAUCCACAAGACUUCAAGGCUGCAAUCUAAAAGCAGACAGUGAGCUGAAAAAGCAGGGACAAGGAUCAUACGAUUAUCGAACUGAAACAGAAAGGAAAAUCAUAGCACUGAAGUGGUAUGAUAACAAGUCUGUCGUUCUUGUAUCAUCAUAUGAAGGAGUAAGUCCAGUAGAACCAGUGAAACGUUGGUCAGUGGGAGAACGAAAAUAUAUUGAUGUUCCAAGGCCAAACAUUGUUAAAGAAUAUAACCGUUCGAUAGGAGGAGUUGAUCUGCACGACAUGCUGGUUGCUUUGUAUAGGAGUAAUAUAGAUGUGAAAAAUUUUAUCUAA